UUUGGCAUUGAGUGUGAAACAGGCUAAUAAAUGUGAGUGGUUCACCGUCGCAACUUCCAAUGUGCGAGCACUUACUCGUCUCACUGUCUUGCUAUAUUUGGGUGAGAACACAGAGGAUAGUGGAGUUCAACGAGAUGGAGCAAAUAAAGCACAGAAUAGUUGAAGUGAAUGGCAUAAAAAUGCAUGUUGCAGAGAAAGGAGAGGGUCCAGUGGUGUUGUUCCUCCACGGCUUCCCUGAGCUCUGGUACUCAUGGCGCCACCAGAUUCUCUCUCUCAGCUCCCUCGGCUACCGCGCCGUCGCUCCCGAUCUCCGUGGCUACGGUGACACCGAGGCACCACCUUCAAUCAGCAGCUACAACUGCUUCCACAUAGUGGGUGAUCUCGUUGCGCUUAUUGACUCUCUGGGUGUCCAACAAGUGUUCCUUGUGGCUCAUGACUGGGGAGCCAUCAUAGGUUGGUAUCUCUGCAUGUUUCGCCCUGACAAAGUUAAGGCCUAUGUCUGCCUCAGUGUCCCUUUCUGGCCCAGAAACCCCAAAGUGAAGCCCGUUGAUGCCAUGCGGGCCAUAUAUGGAGAUGACUACUACAUCUGCAGAUUCCAGGAGCCAGGCAAGGCAGAAGGUGAGUUAGCCAAAAAUAGCACUGAACAGGUAAUAAAAAACGUAUUCAUAAGUCGCAAACCUGGGCCACCAAUUUUGGAGAAGGAAGGAAUGGGUUUCAAUCCCAAUACUUCAAUGCCCCUUCCCACUUGGCUCUCACAAGAAGACCUCACGUACUAUGCUUCUAAAUUUGAAAAGACAGGCUUCACUGGAGGACUCAACUACUAUAGAAAUUUCAACUUAAAUUGGGAGCUCACAGCACCAUGGACUGGAGCACAAGUCAAAGUACCAGUGAAGUUCAUUACAGGUGAUUUGGAUCUAGUAUACACUUCACUGGGGACGAAGAACUAUAUUGAGAGCGGUGCUUUCAAGAAAGAUGUACCAAAUUUGGAGGAAGUAGUUGUGCAAGAAGGGGUGGCUCACUUUAACAACCAAGAAGCUGCAGAGGAUGUCAGCAAUCACAUUUAUGAUUUUAUCAAGAAGUUCUGAUCUUAUCAACUUAAUUUGUUAGUUGUCGCUCUGCUCACUUGAGUUAAUUGGUCAAAUAAUUUGCUUGUCAUCUAUGCUACUUCAUGGUGUUUCGUUUGCAGGCUCGUUGGUUUAAGUUAUAUUUGUACUCAUAAUCGAGACAUUAUGGAAAAUAUAUUUCGUUUGGAUGUUGGCACCGUAGACUAUAACUCUUGUUCUCCUGAAGUCACAGAAUUAAUUCAUUUUUGCUUCUGUUGCUUGAA